UACACAAUUAUUAGAUAUUAGACUGAUAGGGUAAGUUAGCUUUAAAAUUUUAAAUAUUUUUCAUGGCUAAUGUAUUGAACUUCUUCAAUUUGCUAAAAAGUUCUUAAACGUAUUCUUUAAAUAUCUUCAUCACUACAAAACAUAAAUUUCUUCAUACAUUAAAACAAGAAUAUUUCUUUGAAACGUUUAUUCAUGUUGCGAAAAAGACUUAAUAAGUUAUGUAAAAAAAGAUAUACGAGGAAAACGCUACCAUGAUAAUUGUUUCAAAUUGCUUCAAUGGUGGAUAGUUGGUUGCUUCAAUGGUUUAUGUAGAAAAAGAAGAACGUUAAUCCAACUAAGAAAACACAAGAAAUUAUGUAUUUUUUAUUUUUGGGAAGACAAAUAAGAAUCCUAAUUAAAUUUGUACAAUUAAUUUAUAAUUCAAGUUACCAUAUAACACUAUGUUAUUAUUUUUAUUUUAAUAUUAAUAAUAUUAAAAUAUAUUAAUUAAAAAAAUUAAAUAUUUCCAAAAAUAAAAUGUCCGUGUAAUUUUUUUGUCCACCGUCGAUGGAUAGCAGUUAAACUCAUAAGCUAAUUUUUCAUUAGAAUUACAAUAAUAACUGUUUGAAUAGGAAGAAAUUUUUCCUUUUCCUGUUUCACUAGGAAUUAGGAUCCUUUCCUUUUCCUUUUAGGAUUCUACAUGUAUACUCCUUAUAUAACCUAUUUCUUACAUUCAUAAUUUUGAUUCUUCUUUUUCUCCAUCAUCAUGAGUAGCAUGAAAGUUGGAGGAAACACAUUGCCUGUUACUGUGGACGAACACGGUCACGUCAGGUACGAUACGAUUGCGAGACAAGCCGAAAACUCUCAGAAAAUUGUAUAUUGUCACUACAACGAUCUUGUUCCCAAGUUUGUCAAGGAUCAUGACCAAGACUUGGAACAAGAGAAGAAGAAACUAAUCGACGAGACUACUCGGGAGACGAAGGCUAUCCUUCUUCAGAAGAUUGGUACACAACAAUCAUGGGACUCUAUGGAGUCACUUAAGUUCAUUAAGUACAAGCCUUGUAAGCAGCAGCAGGGUUCAAGGCUUGUUAAGAUGGUUGAGAAGGCAGUAGACCCUAUGGAGCCACCCAAGUUCAAGCACAAGAAGGUACCUAGGGCAUCAGGUUCACCGCCAGUGCCCGUUAUGCAUUCUCCUCCUCGUCCUGUUACGGUGAAGGAUCAACAGGAUUGGAAGAUUCCGCCUUGUAUAUCGAACUGGAAGAACCCUAAAGGUUACACAAUCCCACUUGAUAAGCGUCUUGCCGCUGAUGGGAGCAGAGGAAUUGAUGAAGUAAAGAUCAAUGAUGAUUUCCCAAAACUUGCUGAGGCUCUGUAUGUUGCAACUGAGAAAGCUACGGAAGCAAUUGCAAUGCGGUCAAAGGUUCAGAGAGAGAUUAUUCUGAAAGAGAUGGAGCUUCAGGAGUUGGCUCGCAAUGCGAGAGCUGAGAUAGCUGCAGGUCUUAAGAAUGAUGGGGAUGAUUAUGAGGGUCGAUUAUGGAGAGAGAAGAUAAGCAAGGAGCGACAUCAGGAGAGGAGAUUGUUGGAGGCAAAAGAGGGUGCAGCAAUGAAGAGGAGAAAGAUCAAAACCAGAGAUGGAGACCGUGAUAUCAGCGAAAAGGUCGCUCUUGGGAUGGCUUCUACAUCAAGAGGUUGUGGAGAGGCCACGAUGUAUGACCAGAGAUUGUUUAACCAGGAGAAAGGGAUUGAUUCUGGAUUUGCUGCUGACGAUGCCUAUAACCUAUAUGACAACAUCUUAUUUACUGCUCAGUGUACUCUGUACAGACCAAAAAAAGACGUUGAUUGUGAUACUUACGGAGAGCAGCAACAGGAGAAGAUCACUCACUCUAAGCCAGACAAUGCAUUUGCUGGAACUUCUGAGAGGACUGAUCCUAGAGAUAGACCUGUGGAAUUUGAGGCUGAUCCAUUUGGUUUGGACCAGUUUAUGACAGGUGUAAAGAACAAUAUGGCAAAUUAUGGUAACUGAGGCACCAUGAAAGCAGUGAAACGAGAUGGCUAUGAAAUAACAUCUAGAA